UUAGUAGUGCCUAUCAGCGUAUCAGAAUUUAGUGUUUGUUUUUGCGUAUAAAAGUUAUGGCCGGACUAUUAUACCUAAGUAAAUUGUGUAGUAAAAAGAAAACACUGACCUACACCUUCCACAUUACAUGCCAGAAACAGAUCAGAACAAGACAUCCAGCAUAUGUGUUAUAUUCCACGCUCGCCAGAUCGAACGAUGAAUCACAGAAUAAUAAUGCCAAAUCGAGCAAGAAGAUAACACCAUUCACGCCCACGCCGGGCAGCAAACUGCUUGGGGGCGUUUUUGCAAAGAAGACGAAAGUUGCAGCAACAGCAUCAGCAGCAGUGCUACAACAACAACAACGACUGCCACAACAACAACAACAACAACAAUCAAGACUAUGUCACGUUCAUAUAGGCAGCGGCGGCAACGAUGGCGGCUCAACGCUUGGGAAACUGGAUGCACCAGAGGUCACCUCCAAGGAUAUGCUGCGAGCGAUGAUGGCGUACAUCUGGCCAAAGGAGGAUGCGCUCGUACGCAAACGCGUGGGCAUCUCGCUGGGCCUGCUGGCUGGCUCCAAGCUGCUGACAGUUUGCGUUCCAUUUCUAUUUAAGGGCGCCAUAGACACGAUGACAACGCUGAACAUGGACACAGCGCCGGACGCUGUGUUGUCGGCGGCUACUGCCAUGCUAUUGGGCUAUGGCAUUGCCAGAGCUAGUGCGGCGGGCUUCAAUGAGCUGCGCAACGCUGUGUUUGCCAAGGUGGCUCAUCAUUCCAUACGCAAAAUAGCCACCAAUGUGUUUCUGCAUCUUCACAAUCUGGACUUGGCGUUCCACUUGAACAAGCAGACGGGCGCGUUGUCCAAGACAAUUGAUCGUGGAUCGCGUGGCAUUAACUUUGUGCUGUCAGCCAUGGUGUUCAAUAUAGUGCCCACGAUCUUUGAGCUGACGCUCGUGUCCAGUUUGUUGGGCUUUAAGUACGGCUUAGCUUUCGCUGGCGUCAGCAUGGGCUGUGUGGGCAUCUACGCUUUGUAUACGCUGAGCGUGACGCAAUGGCGUACGCGCUUUCGUGUCUACAUGAAUCAGGCGGAGAACGAGGCUGGCAAUAAGGCAGUCGAUUCGCUUAUCAACUACGAAACUGUUAAGUAUUUCAACAACGAAAAGUACGAGGCUGGCUGCUACAACGAGGUGCUUAAGAAAUACGAGGCGGCCAGCUUGAAAACCAGCUCCAGUUUGGCUCUUCUCAAUUUCGGACAGAAUGCGAUCUUCAGCAGUGCGCUCAGUUUGAUCAUGGUGCUGGCAGCCAAGGAGAUUGCCCAGGGCAACAUGACGGUCGGAGAUCUGGUCAUGGUGAAUGGUCUGCUUUUCCAGCUAUCCAUACCGCUGGGCUUUCUGGGCAGCGUUUAUCGUGAGGUGCGGCAAGCACUGCUCGACAUGCAGGCCAUGUUUACGCUGAUGAAUGUGGACAGCCGCAUACAGACGGCGCCCAAUGCGCAGCCUCUAUACGUGGACAAUAGCAAUGCGUCCAUUGAGUUCCAAAAUGUGAGCUUCGAGUAUGAGCCGGGCAAGGCGAUUUUUAAGGAUUUGUCGUUCACCAUACCCGCCGGCAAGAAUGUUGCAAUUGUGGGUGGCUCCGGCUCCGGCAAGUCAUCUAUGGUGCGACUGCUCUUCCGUUUCUUCGAGCCCAACUCAGGUCGCAUUUUGAUCGGAGGCCAGGAUAUCAGCGGCGUUGAAUUGGACAGCUUGCGCCGAAGCAUUGCUGUAGUACCUCAGGACUCGGUGCUAUUCCAUAAUACCAUCGAACACAACAUACACUAUGGCAAUCUGAGCAAAUCCCACGAAGAUGUGCAAAACGCUGCACGCAUGGCCGAUCUGCAUGAAUCAAUCAUGAGUUGGCCAAAUCAAUAUAGCACUCAGGUCGGGGAACGCGGCCUCAAGCUCUCCGGAGGUGAAAAGCAACGCGUGGCCAUUGCGCGUGCUAUUCUGAAGAACACGCCCAUUCUAAUCUUCGAUGAGGCUACCAGCAGCCUGGACUCGAUUACAGAGCAUAACAUACUGAAAGCCCUGUCGCGCGCCACCACGGGUCGCACCAGCAUUUGCAUUGCCCACCGCUUGUCGACGAUAAAGGAUGCCGAUGAGAUUCUGGUACUGGAGAAUGGCCAUGUGGGCGAGCGUGGCACACACAAGGAGCUGCUCAGUCAGAAUGGCCUCUAUGCGCGCCUGUGGGAAACACAAACCCAACAGUUCGAUCCCAGUCGCCAGGAGCGCGUCUCAGCGGCUGCUGUGUAGUCCAAUGUUGACCUGUCUGGUUAUUUGUUCUAGUUUUAAGAGUGCGUGUGCUUAGUUACUUGACAAGGCCACAAAAUUUAUAGUAGACCGUUUGUUGUUAAUUUUUAGGCUGAAAGAAAUAUUGUGUCCGGUUGUAAAUACAGUUAUACAUAUA